AUUGCCUUCAGGGACCUAUGGGCAGAACAAGAUAACAGACACCGCCAGUCAGUGAGCUUGUUACUGCCACCCGUCCUGGCAUCAAAUUUGAAACAUCGAGAACGAUUGAAUGAGAUUUCGUUUUAUCCAAAACAUAGACUUACUCGAUAUUAUCCAAAGAUGUAUAAUAUAUUAACAUUGGGCAUUCUGUUGUCCUUUGGUUCAUUUGGGAAAAUGGAUUUCAUUCGAACUAAAACUCCUCUGGGGAUAUUGGAAGGAUAUCGUAGGGUGGAGAACUACGACAUACCAGGGAAACAAACCGAUGCGGUUGAUGUCUUCCUCGGGGUUCCCUACGCCAGGUCGCCAACUGGAGCCAGGCGAUUUAUGGAUCCCGUACCAAUAGACCCAUGGCCCGGCAUCCGCCACGCAAACCACUUCCCUCCGAUGUGUGUUCAGUCGAACGUCAACGCAUGGUUCACUGAUGUGGUCGGGGUACCCAAAUUCCGGAUGAGUGAGGACUGUUUGUAUCUGAAUAUCUAUGCACCAUAUGAGCCAGAGGCGACCCACCCCGUUAUGGUCUACUUCCACGGCGGCUCCAACAAGAUUGGCUCUGGUAACUAUUUCGAUGGUACCGUACUUGCUAUGAUGGGAGUCGUCGUGGUUGUACCCAACUUUCGUCUCGGACCACUAGGUUUCCUGACUACUGGAGAUGACGCCAUCCCUGGCAAUGCUGGCUUCAUGGACCAAAUCCUGGCACUGAAAUGGAUCAAGGAGAACAUCCGGGCACUUGGUGGUGACCCUGACAAGGUCACCAUCUUUGGUAACAGUGCUGGAGGUUGGGAUAUCAGCGUUCAUUUGGUAUCACCGUAUUCGAAGGGUUUAUUUCACGGGGCUAUCAUCCAAAGUGGUUCAGGACUGUCUGAUCUGGCGCGCACAUCAAACAAGGACGUCACAUCCUCCUUCUGGCAUCUGGCAAGGCGGUUUAGAUGCGUCAAAGGAGCGGUCAGGAUGACUGUUAGAUGUCUUCAGCAUGUCCAGGCAACACAUUUAUUAUCCGAAACACUAGAUCACUAUUCCGUCUACCCCGAUGGGCGGGUUCUCUCUGACGAAUUCGCGGACAUGCUGAAGGAUGGCAUCGACACGAACGUGUCGGUCAUCAUCGGAGUAACAUCAUCGGAGUGGGCCAGAUUCUUUCUUCAGGAUCCGGUCGACUACCUCAAAAAACAAGGUUCUGCCCGAAAUGUAGUGAAGGCGAAGAGUCCAGAUAUGCCUCAUAUAUGUCUCGACCUUGUGGCUCACCUCUACAGUCAUUGGGAAGAUGUGAACAACUCGACCGUCCAAGGAGACAUGUUGCUCCAGGUUAAUGCAGACCGCUACAUCAUUUACCCCAGCCUCCGCCUCGCUGAGUUACUCCAUCACAGCGGGUCCAAAACAUUCUUUUAUCUCUUCGACCAUUCCAUCCCCGUCAACCUGCCAUCUUUGAAGAAAUACCGUUGGUUGAGUGACAAGAGCUACCACGAGUCUGAGCUGCCGUUUGUAUUUGGUGCGCCAUUCAGUGGCGCCAGGAUGGCCAGUGUUUGGCAUGAUGGGAGCUAUACCAAUUUAGACAGGAAUAUUAGCCACACGAUGAUGACAAUGUGGGCCAAUUUUGCCAAAACCAGGAAUCCCACUCCUCAUCCGUCUGUGAAAUGGAAUCUCUUCCACCCAGAAACAAGUGCCUAUUUACACAUCAGCCGCCAAGGGACUAAAAUGUCGGCAUACCUCCGAGCCGAACAGGUCUCAUUUUGGAGUCGUGUCUUCCCAAAGCUUUGCCAGGGAGGGAACGGAUCAGACUUUAUACUUGGGCCAACCUGUCCCCAAACGCCCAGCAUAUCCAUUCCGGACAGUGGUUGUCCUCAACCGUUAUAUGCGGAGGCUCUGUGGACAGUGAUAGGCACAUUCACUUUUUGUAUUCUAAUAGUUUUUCUCAUAAUUUUAAGCAAAUGUUCAUUAUUCAGGAAAGGCUUAUCAAAAUCUCUGAUGUCAGGAUCUUGACGAAUACCAGAGGUAUUCUAAAUCAUGCUCUUGUAUUGGAUAGGCGAAAUCUUGUUAGGAACCCAUUAAGAAUCUUGAUGAAGGAAUCCUUCAAGCAUUGUCUUUAAUAGUUUGGAAUCUAUAAGCAGCUGGUAAGAUCUUGUAACCAACUAACAUGAAGGUUCAUUAAAGGACGGAAUAACAUU